CCAAUUACCUAUCUGUAGAUCCUGCUACAAGGCAAAAAUCCUGGGAUUGCUUGGGAAUACACAUUUUCCAAAAUGAACGAGAACAAGACAUCUGUCAAAAAGCACAGCCACUCCUGGGUGACAGUGCAGUCAGAGUGCUCAGCUACCUGUGGUGGGGGACAUAUUACAGCAAAAGCAAUUUGUUUGGAAGAUCAUCGUACACGAGUUAAUUCUUCUUUUUGUGGUCCACGGAUGAAGCCUUUAACUGAAACAAAACUAUGCAAUACUAAUCCUUGCCCAGCACACUGGUCAGCAGGUGAAUGGAGUGCAUGCAGCAAAUCUUGUGGAGGAGGGCAACAAAGUCGUCUCAUCCAGUGUGUCCAGAAAAAGGCUUUCCAAAGAGAGGAGGUAGUGGCCCAUUCCCUGUGUCCUGUUAGCACCCCUACACAAGUGCAGAUAUGCAAUAGUCAAGAAUGCCCACCUGAAUGGAGCCCUGGACUAUGGUCUCAGUGCUCCAAGACUUGUGGGAGAGGUGUUAAGAAGCGGGAUGUCUACUGCACAAGUACUAGUUCUCCCAAGCUUAAAAUCUUGCCUGAAAGCAUGUGCAGCCAAGACCAUAAACCUGAAUCCCAGCAGACCUGUGUGCUAGGACGCUGCCCUAAAAAUGACCGGCUCCAGUGGGUGAUUGCUUCCUGGAGUGAGUGCUCAGCCUCCUGUGGCCCAGGUGUACGCAAGCGAGAACUAAAAUGUGGUGAGAAAAGCAUCCAUGGGAAAUUAAUCACCUUCCCUCAGAGAAGAUGUAGAAACAUCAAGAAACCAAACAUAGACCUGGAAGAAACUUGUAACAAUGGACCUUGUCCAUCCCAAACUUUGUAUAACAUGGUGUCUGGCUGGUAUUCCUCGCCCUGGCAGCAGUGUACAGUAACAUGUGGUGGGGGAGUGCAAACCCGGAGCGUGCAGUGCUUACGCCAAGGGAGACCAGCCUCUGGGUGCUUGCCCCAUCAGAAACCAGCAAUCCUGAGAGCCUGCAAUACUAACUUUUGCCCAGCCCCUUCAAAAAGAGAUGAUCCUUCUUGUGUGGAUUUCUUCAGCUGGUGUCAUCUAGUACCCCAGCAUGGUGUCUGUAACCACAAAUUUUAUGGCAAGCAAUGUUGUAAAUCAUGCACAAAGAAGAACUGAUAGCAGCAUGUUAUCUGAACCCUUCACUGACAAGAUUUUCUUCUUCAAUUUAUGUUGAAAUUAACUUUGCUUUGAGCCAAGACAUGGUGCCAUGUAAACCACUGAUGGAAGAGACAUUUUUUUCUAAGGGAAUGUCUGAGGUACAGUAAUUGUUGGAUAUAUGUUGAAAAAUGAAUGUUUUUUUUUUAUUUGCUGACCUCACUAAAGUACAGGGUACUAUGGAUCACUUGAACACUGAGACUCAAGGGGCAGUUCUUUCCUUAAAAGUGUCACUUUGCACUGUCACAUGUUAUGAGGAAGAAAAUCAGGCAAGGAUGCCUUUUGUGGCUAAUUUAGCAGAAUGCAAAGCAAAAGAGAUUGGGAGCUCAAGGAAAAAGAUUACAGCACGGCAGUAUGACAGAUCACACAAUCAGAAGUGUUUCCUUUCUUAUCUUUUAUGAUAAUAUCCCAGGGUAAGGAAGCUGUUUACUGCCAUUUUCACAGAAAGACUUUCAAAUGACUGUUUGGAGAAUCCAGUGUCACACGUGUGACCACGAGAAGUAAAUAGUGCACUACAAAGAUAUAUGGUGCUUCUCUAUUGUACUUGCUGCUGGAAAAGCAAGUUUUGCAUCAUGCUUAUGUUUUUAUUGUUCUGAAGAAUUCAUUUUCUGCUUCAUCUAGAAACUCAGAGGUGGUUAACUAGUAACUUGAAAUGUAUUCCUAGAAAUAUUCAGCGUUAGAAUAUUUGGACUUUUAACAUUGCUGUGUUACAAGUAAAAUAGAAUUUCAUAUUUCAACUAACUCAAGGAACUCAGAUUUAUUGAGCUCGAUGUUAUUUUUUCACUUUCUAAGCUCAUAAGAUAUGUAAAUUUAAAAUUUAAACUUGAUAUAGUAAAGUAGAUUUUUUUCAGAAGCUAGGUUUUUUAAAUGCCAAGAUACUGAAGAAUGUCUUCCUUUUAAUCUCAAAUCUCUGCAAAUUUUGUUUCAUCAGUUGCCCAAAUGAAAUAACAGGAAUAUUACAGUCCAUUAAUUCAUGCCAAACUUCUCUGAAUAGUUAUAUUUUCAUACAGGUGAUAAGAAAAAAUUGCAAAUACUAAGCAGACUAUUUUCUCUAACCAAAUAAAAAUCAUUUCUAUUUUUAUACACUCUCUUAAUACUUACAUUUAAUUCAGAAUCCAUCAGCAAACAAAACAAAUGUAAACAAUAUUUGUCAUCAUUCCAUAUCAAGAUGUUAUGUGACACUGUACAUCAAAUGGUACAACUAAAAAAGUUUCUGAAUUAAAAAAAAUUCAACCCAACAUAUUUGCCAAAACCGUUCUGAGACAGAGCUGUGUUCUACUGUAAUUUUCUGGGGAGUGACUAUGAGGGACAUAUUUAUCUAAUUCCACCCAAUCCCACAACUUCUUUUGAUGAAUGUAGCUGCAUUUUACUGUUUUUUUAAAGUAUCAAUUCAGCAUAAGAUUAGCCAGCUCAGCACUAAUGCCAGACAGUGGUCACUUAAAAUUAUCAGUUCCUUUUGCAACAAUUUAAAUUAAAAACAUGUAUUCUAUGAUACUGUAAGAAAUGAUGAUUGGAAACAUAUCUCAGUCUACAUUGCUCUGUCUUGAUAUUCGACAUUGUAUAAUUAUGAACUCUUUUCUAGGAAAACAACAAGGUUUUUUCUGUUUUGUUUUGUUUUUAUAAUUGUGUCCUUUUUAUUAUUUGAUGUAAAAUAAUUAAUUUAUUAAUGCAUAGCUUUUCCUUUAUAUUUCUUUGCUCACUUCCUUAAGUGAAAACUGAGAAAAGAAAAUGGCAGUGUCACAAAAUAUGACUUAUGAUGUAAAAA